UUCUUUUAUUUUUUUUUGUAGUAGGCGGACCUUCUGGAAGCAAUGAGGCUCGCAUUUUGUGGUAACGACAAUGCGUCAGCAUACAAUAUUACUGCUGGUGUCCUUAGAAAUGUCUGCUUUGUGGAUGCUCUCAACUUGGUUCCCCAUGUCUUCUUGCUUUUUAUCACCUUUCCAAUUUUGUUCAUUGGCUGGGGAAGCCAAAGCUCCAAAGUCCAGAUUCACCACAAUACAUGGCUGCACUUCCCUGGGCAUAAUCUGCGGUGGAUUCUGACAUUCACUCUCCUGUUCGUACACGUGUGUGAAAUAGCAGAGGGCAUAGUUUCUGAUACACAAAUGAAAUCUCGACAUCUCCAUCUCUUUCUACCAGCUAUAAUGGGAUUUGUGGCUGCCACUGUAUCAAUAGUCUAUUACCAUAACAUUGAAACAUCUAACUUUCCAAAGUUACUGUUAGCUCUCUUUCUUUAUUGGAUAAUGGCCUUUGUCACCAAAACUAUCAAGCUUGUCAGAUACUGCCAGGACGGUGUGUCUUUUUCUCAGCUGCGCUUCUGCAUCACUGGAAUUAUGGUGAUUCUCUAUGGGCUGCUGAUGGCUGUGGAGAUCAAUGUCAUUCGAGUUAGGAGGUAUGUAUUCUUCAUGAACCCUCAGAAAGUGAAGCCACCAGAGGAUCUACAAGAUCUCGGAGUGAGGUUUCUUCAGCCAUUUGUCAAUUUGCUCUCAAAAGCAACUUACUGGUGGAUGAAUACACUUAUUAUAUCUGCUCACAAGAAACCUGUGGACCUGAAGGCAAUUGGGAAGCUUCCAAUUGCAAUGAGAGCGCUGACAAAUUAUGUUUGUCUCAAAGAAGCAUACGAGGAACAAAAGAAAAAAGUAGCAGAUCAGCCCAAUCGCCGUCCCUCGAUAUGGUUGGCGAUGUACAGUGCUUUUGGACGACCGAUUCUUCUUAGCAGCACCUUCCGUUACUUGGCUGACUUGCUGGGUUUUGCUGGGCCUUUGUGCAUUUCUGGCAUUGUUCAAGGUUUCCAGAACACGACCCAUAGCACAAAUACAACAGAAAAGGAUCCAUCGAAUUCAUAUCUCUCCUCAGAGGAAUUCCUCAGGAAUGUUUACGUUUUGGCAGUUCUCCUCUUCCUGGCCCUUAUCCUGCAGAGGACAUUCCUGCAGGCCUCCUACUACGUGACUACAGAAACUGGCAUCAAUCUACGAGGUGCUUUAUUGGCAAUGAUAUAUGAUAAGAUCCUGCGGCUUUCCACAUCCAACUUGUCCAUGGGAGAGAUGACACUGGGCCAAAUCAAUAACUUGGUUGCCAUAGAAACAAAUCAAUUAAUGUGGUUCUUGUUCCUGUGCCCCAAUUUGUGGGCUAUGCCUGUUCAGAUAAUAAUGGGCGUAAUCCUACUUUAUAAUUUGCUUGGAAUGAGUGCUUUGGUUGGUGCUGCUGUAAUUGUACUGCUAGCUCCAAUACAGUACUUCAUAGCUACAAAGUUGGCUGAGGCUCAGAAGAGCACACUGGACUAUUCUACAGAGAGAUUAAAGAAAACCAAUGAAAUACUAAAAGGCAUUAAAUUAUUAAAGCUGUACGCCUGGGAGCACAUAUUUUGUAAAAGUGUGGAGGAAACAAGAAUGAAGGAACUCACCAGUCUCAAAACGUUUGCACUUCAUACAUCUCUUUCCAUUUUUAUGAAUGCAGCCAUACCAAUAGCAGCUGUUCUUGCAACCUUUGUGACUUAUGCAUACAUCAAUGACAAGCCUCUGCAGCCUGCCCAGGCCUUUGCCUCACUGUCGUUGUUCCAUAUCCUGGUCACACCAUUGUUUCUGCUUUCCACUGUGGUUCGUUUUGCAGUCAAGGCUAUCAUAAGUGUACAGAAGCUGAAUGAGUUUCUACUCAGUGAUGAGAUUGGAGAUGACAGCUGGAGAGGUGGGGACAAUUCUGUAGCUUAUGAAUCCUGUAAGAAGCACACAGGACUUCACACCAAGGCCAUCAACAGGAGGCAGCCCUUAAGGUAUCAGCUUGAAAACUAUGAACAGUCAUCAAGAAGGCAAACACGCCCUGUGGAGACCGAUGACAUCGCAAUCAAGGUGACCAACGGAUACUUUUCAUGGGGAAGUGGUUUAGCUACCUUGUCCAAUAUAAAUAUCAGAAUCCCAACAGGUCAGAUGACAAUGAUUGUGGGUCAAGUUGGCUGUGGCAAGUCCUCACUUCUCCUUGCUAUAUUAGGAGAGAUGCAGACACUGGAGGGAAAAGUUCACUGGAGCAAUGUAAAUGAAACAGAGCCUUCUUUUGAAGCAUCCAGAAGUAAAAACAGAUACUCGGUGGCUUAUGCAGCUCAGAAGCCAUGGCUAUUGAAUGCAACAGUGGAGGAAAACAUUAUCUUUGGGAGUCCAUUUAACAAACAGAGGUACAAAGCCGUUACAGACGCAUGUUCUCUGCAGCCUGACAUUGACUUACUACCAUUUGGUGAUCAGACAGAAAUUGGAGAAAGGGGGAUUAAUUUAAGUGGUGGCCAACGACAGAGAAUCUGCGUGGCUCGAGCACUCUAUCAGAACACCAACGUUGUCUUCUUGGAUGACCCAUUCUCUGCUCUGGACAUUCACUUAAGUGAUCAUUUAAUGCAGGAAGGAAUUUUGAAGUUUCUUCAAGAAGAUAAGAGGACUCUUGUUCUGGUGACGCAUAAGUUACAGUAUCUACCACAUGCUGAUUGGAUCAUAGCAAUGAAGGAUGGAAUGGUGCUUAGGGAAGGGACUCUAAAGGAUAUCCAAAACAAUGAUGUUGAGCUCUAUGAACACUGGAAAACUUUGAUGAAUCGCCAAGAUCAAGAAUUGGAAAAGGAUAUGGAAACUGAUCAGACUACUUUGGAGAGAAAAACUCUUAGAAGGGCCAUGUACCCCAGGGAAUCCAAAGCACAACUGGAAGAUGAAGAUGAAGAGGAAGAAGAGGAAGAAGAUGAAGAUGAUAACAUGUCAACUGUCCUGAGGCUCAGAACAAAGAUGCCGUGGAAAACCUGCUGGAGAUAUCUAACUUCUGGAGGAUUUUUCUUGCUCUUUCUGAUGAUUUUCUCAAAGUUGUUGAAACACUCAGUUAUAGUGGCUAUAGAUUAUUGGCUUGCUACAUGGACAUCCAUGGACAAUGCAAAUGAAUUAAGGAAUCCUGAUGAUGAUCGGAGCACAGAAAAGACUUACCAUGUAGCUGUCUUCAGUAUCCUCUCUGGAGCAGGGAUUGUCCUAUGCCUCAUAACAUCUCUGACCGUGGAGUGGAUGGGCCUCACAGCAGCCAAAAAUCUACAUCAUAAUCUCCUCAAUAAAAUCAUCCUUGGACCAAUCAGGUUCUUUGACAUGACUCCACUGGGGCUUAUUCUAAAUCGCUUUUCUGCUGAUACAAAUAUAAUUGAUCAGCACAUUCCUCCUACCCUGGAGUCUCUUACCCGGUCCACCUUACUCUGCCUAUCAGCCAUCGGAAUGAUCUCAUAUGCCACUCCAUGGUUCCUUGUCGCCCUUGUGCCACUAGGGAUAGCAUUUUACUUCAUCCAGAAAUACUUCAGAGUUGCUUCCAAGGACCUCCAGGAACUUGAUGACAGCACCCAGCUACCAUUACUCUGUCAUUUCUCUGAAACAGCUGAAGGCCUUACCACCAUCAGAGCAUUCAGGCAUGAAUCCAGGUUUAAACAACGCAUGCUGGAACUAACAGAUACGAACAACAUUGCCUACUUAUUUCUAUCGGCUGCCAACAGAUGGCUGGAGGUCAGGACGGAUUAUCUUGGUGCUUGCAUAGUUCUUACUGCAGCUAUCACUUCCAUCACCGAAGGGCCAAACUCAGGGUUUGUGGGGCUAGGUCUCCUGUACGCUCUGACGAUAACCAACUAUUUGAACUGGGUGGUGAGGAAUCUGGCUGAUCUGGAAGUACAGAUGGGUGCUGUAAAAAAAGUACACAGCUUCUUGAACAUGGAGUCGGAGAACUAUGAUGGCUACUUGGACCCUUCUCAAGUCCCAAAAGACUGGCCCCAAGAGGGGGAAAUCAAGAUUGAAAAUUUGUGUGUGCGAUACGAAAACAACCUGAAGCCUGUUCUCAAACAUGUUAAAGCUUAUAUUAAACCAGGACAAAAGGUUGGGAUCUGUGGUCGUACUGGCAGUGGCAAGUCAUCCCUGUCUUUAGCAUUCUUCAGAAUGGUGGACAUAUUUGAUGGGAGGAUAGUGAUUGACGGAAUAGACAUCAGCAAAUUGCCUCUUCACACUCUCCGUUCCCGACUCUCCAUUAUCCUCCAGGAUCCGAUACUGUUCAGUGGUUCCAUCCGCUUCAAUUUGGAUCCAGAAUGCAAGUGCACCGAUGAUAGACUCUGGGAAGCUCUGGAGAUUGCUCAGCUAAAGAACAUGGUCAAAUCAUUGCCAGGAGGCCUUGAUGCAAUGGUAACAGAAGGAGGAGAGAACUUCAGUGUAGGACAAAGACAGCUCUUUUGCCUGGCCCGAGCCUUUGUUCGCAAGAGCAGCAUUCUUAUCAUGGAUGAAGCCACAGCAUCUAUAGACAUGGCCACAGAAAAUAUUUUGCAGAAGGUCGUGAUGACUGCCUUUGCAGACCGCACAGUUGUAACAAUAGCGCAUCGGGUCCACACUAUCCUAACGGCAGACCUGGUCAUUGUCAUGAAGCGAGGGAACAUUUUAGAAUAUGAUACGCCUGAGAACCUGCUUUCUCAAGAGGACGGCAUCUUUGCUUCAUUUGUCCGGGCUGACAUGUGAAGAACCACAUGAUGUGUUUUAAAAGCUUAUUUUUAAACAGAUGAAAUGCAUAUUUUUAAAUUCAGUGUAACAUCACUUUCAGCUUUUUUUUUUCAGAGCUUCUUCUUUAUUCACAAUUCCGUCUCCCAAAAUAAUAAAUCCCAUUGCAAUGCAUGUAUUUCUCAAAGCAAUAAAAAUGUCACUUAAUUCAAGCCAUUAAAUUUCAUGCUCACACGCACGCACACACACACACAGGCAGACGUCUUGAUUUCCUGGAAAUCUGGCAUUUUAAUAGACUCUGUGACUUUAUUUUCUUUUGUAGAGAGCAAAAGAAAAUGCAGUGCUCUUACAAGCUGCAUAUGUUAUUCUGGAACCAAGAAUAAAAUCGUGCCGUUUGUCAAGGAAGCAAGAGACCCCCAGAAGAAUGCUAUUCCCAGGGGGGGAAAGUUAAAAGACAACAAAUCUAAGCCCAUAACUCUUGGGGCAAUCUGCUGCAUUCCAAAGGCAUAAACUUUGCUCUUCAAGUUGUAGGGGAUGAGCAGUGAAUGAGAGAAAGGAAAUUCAUCAGAAGUAAGGAAAUUCUUCCUGCCCUUCACAUUAGUUCACACACUAUAGUUGGCACGGUAUUGCAUUUUCUAUGCAAUGAUAACUUAUCCCUACAGUCAGUUCCUACAUCCAUAUUUGUUCUACAGAAUUCUUUGAACCAAGGACACAAAUCAUCUUGGAAUUCUGCAUGCUUUGAUAGGCUCAUAGAGGAAUACAUUUUGUACGACUUUUUAUUGAAAUUAAUCUGAAUGUAUAAAGUUGAUAUUAAUCAAUCUUUUUAAAAAUUUCCACUAAAAUAUUCUACUUAAAAUGGCGUGUAAUCAGCCAACCACUAAUUGCUUUAUAUGUCUUAAGCCCUUCAAAUUAUUUUUUUAUGUUGGAACAAUUAUCAAAUGAAUUCUGCAUUUUCAAGAUUUUAGGUCACUUAUAUUCGUAUUUACCUCAUACAGCUUUGAUAAGAUUGCCCACACUUGGCUAAUGCAUAGGGCUAAAUUCUGAAUCAUGAUAAUUGCCCAGUGGACAAUAAAUCCCUAGGAGUUUCACAGACAUUUUCUCAAAGGCGGAGUCUGAAAUGCUCACUUCAAUCGUAAUAUUCAAUGUGAUCUUAUUUGUCUAUUUUUAUGAGGUUUAGAAUGAACAUGAAGUGCACUUAAACUUAUUGUUAGUGUAAUGAAAACAAUAUGAAACAAUACCUGGCAAAAGAAAAGUAAGACUUGAAAUUCAGACUGCAUUUAGUCUGAUGAUACAAUGGUUUAUCUGUUUUUUUCAUCUUGUUCAAAAUAAAAUCUUCAUGAUACGACUAAACACAAAACUCAGCUUGGAACAUUUUAAUAGGGAAAGUACUUUGUGAUUUCCCUAAGAACUGCUGUGAGAAGUUAUUGCUCUUCUCUCCAUUAAUAUCCUGUGUUGAACUCUGUCUUACAAAGAAAAUAAAAAAAUAAAGCAGAUGUUUACAGUGGAAAAGCACGCUGUUACGCAGA